AUGAAACUCACUGAUAUAUUUCGCCGUCUCGUCUCUCAUUUCCUCCCCUCCCGUUCCCACAUAGAGACCAAAGAGGCCAUCGUCCACCAGUCUGCUCCUCAAUCGCCCACUUCGUCGGCUUUCACGUUCCAAAAACAAUCCCAAAACACAACUACCACAGACCGAGUCAAAAUGCCUGGCGUUACCAGUAAUACCGGCUCUGGGAGCAAGUACGACCAGAUCCCGGGUCCUCUCGGGCUGGCGUCGGCUUCGCUUGCUGGCAAGGUUGCUCUCGUGACCGGAGCUGGGCGCGGCAUCGGCCGGGAGAUGGCUCUGGAGCUGGGACGUCGUGGUGCCAAGGUCAUUGUCAACUACGCCAACAGCGACUCGUCCGCGCAGGAGGUGGUCAACCUGAUCAAGAAGAGCGGGUCUGACGCAGCGGCCAUCAAGGCCAACGUGGCCAAUGUUGACGAAAUUGUGCGCCUCUUCCAGGAGGCUCGCAAGACCUUUGGCAAGCUCGAUGUGGUGUGCUCCAACAGCGGCAUUGUGUCGUUUGGACACGUCAAGGAUGUCACCCCCGAAGAGUUCGACCGGGUCUUCAACGUCAACACCCGUGGCCAGUUCUUUGUGGCCCGUGAGGCGUACAAGCACCUCGAGGUUGGCGGGCGCCUGAUCCUCAUGGGGUCCAUCACCGGGCAGGCCAAGGCUGUCCCGCGCCACGCCGUGUACUCAGCCAGCAAGGGCGCCAUCGAGACCUUUGUGCGCUGCAUGGCUGUUGACUUUGGCGACAAGAAGAUCACCGUCAACGCUGUUGCCCCUGGUGGCAUCAAGACGGACAUGUAUCACGCCGUGUGCCGCGAGUACAUUCCCAAUGGCGAGAAGCUCGACGACGAGGGUGUGGAUGAGUAUGCCGCUGGCUGGUCUCCCCUUCACCGCGUUGGUCUGCCCAUCGACAUUGCUCGUGUGGUCUGCUUCCUGGCGUCUCAGGACGGAGAGUGGAUCAACGGCAAGGUCCUCGGCAUUGACGGUGCUGCUUGCAUGUAA